GACACUUCUGCAGACAGAAAAGUUUGACAACGCGAGUGGUAUGUCUGCGUAAUUUAUUUUGGUCUCUUGAAAUGGCAUCGACUUAGUGCCUGUCUGUUUUCCAGAAGUGAAAUAACGCAUUUUGUAUGCAUGAGAGCGGAGAAACGCUCAAGUUUCUUGUGCUUGUGUAACUUAAAGAAAUCUGUUUCCAGCACACUGAGUCUGUGUGCUGCUAGUAUUUACCACACAGCUGGAGUUAAAGUUUUACUCACUAGGUAGGUGAGACAAACCUGCAACCUUUGUGUCUAGGCAGCAGCUGACUUUAACCACUUCGCUACCGACUGCUCCUAUUCUUACAGUUUCAAUUAAGGUGCUGUAGUCUGAGCGUCAAACAGAACUGUGCAUCCCAUGUUGAAUUUUUGUAUCGGAAUGAUCAGAUGGCCCUAGCCGGGGUGCGCGUCAUCGAACUUGCCGGAUUGGCUCCGGCCCCUUUCUGUGGCAUGAUACUGGCGGACUUUGGUGCCAGGGUGAUCCGCGUAGACCGGACCAAGGCGGCCGUGUCGAUGGAUUCGCUGGCUCGUGGCAAGCAGUCGGUGGCGCUGAACCUGAAGAAUCCACGAGGUGCAGCUGUGCUUCGCCGCCUCUGUGUCCAGUCGGAUGUGGUCAUCGAGCCUUUCCGGCAAGGAGUGAUGGAGAAACUGGGGCUGGGUCCAGAGGAGCUGCUGAAGGAGAACCCGCGUCUUGUUUACGCCCGUCUCACAGGAUUUGGCCAGAAUGGGUGCUUUGCUCAGUCUGCAGGACAUGACAUUAACUAUCUCGCCAUGUCAGGUUUACUGUCCAUGUUGGGCCGCAGUACUGAGAAGCCCUACGCUCCACUGAACCUGGUGGCCGACUUUGCUGGUGGAGGGCUUACCUGCACACUGGGAAUUGUCCUGGCUCUUCUGGAGCGAACCAGGUCAGGGAAGGGUCAGGUCAUCGAUGCCAGCAUGGUAGAGGGUUCAGCCUACGUGGGCUCCUUUGUAUGGAAGUCACGAAACCUUGGGCUUUGGAAUCAUCCAAAGGGGGAGAACCUGCUGGAUAGCGGAGCACCUUUCUAUGACACGUACCGCACGUCCGAUGGAAAAUAUGUGGCUGUGGGUGCCAUUGAGCCUCAGUUUUACCAGCAGCUCCUCCAAGGCCUGGGAUUGGACUCUGCUGACCUGCCUCCACAGUUAAGCUCCUCUGAUUGGCCGGAGAUGAGAAAGAUCUUCGCUGCAAGGUUUGCCAGCAAGACACGGGCGGAGUGGGAACAAGUGUUCGAUGGGACGGAUGCCUGCGUGACCCCUGUGCUCUCUCUGGAUGAGGUGGCUUCUCACCCCCACAACCAGGAGAGGGGCUCCUUUGUGCAGGACACACAGGGUGAGGAAAGCCCACGACCGGCACCUAUCCUGUCCCGCACGCCGGCUGCUCCCAGCCUGGCCCGCGAUCCCUUCAUCGGUGAACACACGCGUGUUGUGUUGGAGGAGUAUGGCUACAUGCCAGCUGAGGUGGAGCAGCUGCUGGAGGCUGGGGCGGUGGAGUGCGGCAGGGCUAAAGCGCGCCUAUAGGUGCGAGUAUAUCAGUACUCCUGGGUUUCUGUCGCCCUGGUUUCUACUGUCAUCUUACCCAUUAAGCAUGAAUACUCUGUGGUUUAUGAGUGUAUCUGAUCUACUGUAGCAAUAGAAGCAGCUGAAGGGGGUCACUGAUGUUCCGGUGGUUUCCAAGGAGAGUGUGAAAUUUGACAUUUGUGUUCGUUUGAGGAGCUUCUGUUGCUGUAUUCACCCCAUUUCAGUGUUUUCUCCUCAGACACUAGGAGUCCUAUAAGCAGGACAAAUCCAUUUAGAGAGACCAGUUCUGCUCUGGAGUGACCCUUGACCUCACUGCCCUCAAAUGCCCAGUCCUCAACUAUAGCUGCGUCUGCAUUACUGCCUUAACUAUGCACUCUUGGUUGAGUGAACAAAUAAAAGAAUCAUUGAACUUGAAAGGAAAACAAAUGCAUCAAAACAGAUGAUGAUCUGCAGAUUUUGUAGUAAACAUGAAAUGCUUUUUUGAACUACAAAUGUAAUAUUGUUAGUCUCAUAUGAAGGUGGAUUGUGAAAAGAAAUUGCUUGUCAUUACAUGAUUGUACAGAAAUUAAUAUUUUUUUAAAAAAUAAAUUGUAU